ACCAAAGUUUACAAACCCCCCCCCAAAAAAAAAGACAUCAAAGAAACAUGACACCCAUGUCCUCCUUCUUGCUCAUCCUGUUGACUCCCGCUUUUCUGUGCCUGGCUAGAGCACAAGACAGAGCCCCCCAUGGCCUAGCGUUUGAAAACCCCGUGGCCUUCUCACCUUCGGCAUAUGAUUUCUUCCACCCAAACACGCAGCAGACCACUGUAAAGAACCCAUGUGCCAAAUCCAGUUGCUCCCCAUUGCCUGAAGCGGCUCAAGUGGCUGAGGCGGCUAAAGCACAGGAAGGCGAACUCUCUGCGUCCCGUGACAGUAAAAGCAGGAUGGGAGCUGGUAGCGUGGUCGGCAUUGUGUUCGGUCUUGCAUUUGCUGUGCUCUUGGCAAUGGGCAUAUAUUAUAUAGUGGUCACUCGCCAAGCUAAUGCAAGCAAAGCCAAAGCCAUUCAACCAGACGCUGGAUGCGCACAGUCAGUAUAGGGUGUUCCAUCAUGCUGGCUUGCCGAGAAGCCUCUCCCUAUCCCCUUAUCUCUGUCCUUACUACUUCUAUUGUUCCCUUUCUCCAUAGGAUUUAUUGUCAGGGAAUUUUUCUAGCUGAUGUAUGUAUUUCUAAAUCUAGCUAAUACCUUUAGAAUUAGUGAAAAUGUUGCCUCCAAUGUCAA